AUGAGUAAUGAUAAAUGGGAUAAAAUAUAUGUCUAUAAUCACGGAAGUAUAAAUAAAUCAUUUAAGAAUAACAGCUAUAAUUAUCAUAACAAAAACGUAAUUGACUUAAAAAUAAAAGAAAAAAGUGACCUAUAUACAAAUCCAUUAUUUCAAAAUACCAAAGAUAAAAACGAAAUGGUUAAUAUAAAGAAAAAUGAAGUAAAAAAUGGAGUAGGUGAAAUAAAUAAAGAUAAUGAAUUUCAUUUAAAAAAAUUAUAUACAAAUCAAUUAAUUGAAUUAAAAAAAAUAGAUUCAUAUAUGAUCAAUAGCUCAAAUAAAGGAACUACAAACAAAAUUGAAUUAUUUCCUACAAUGAAAUUUAAUGAUUAUAAAAUAAAAAAUAAUGAAACAUUAGACGUAAAUAACAAAAUUGAUCCAGUAUAUUCCUGUUCUUUAAAAAAGAAUAAUGUAAGUUUAGAUAAAAAUUCAGAGAAAUGUUUUUCUACCCAUGAAAAUUUAUUCAAUGACGUAAAUUUUGCUAAUUAUUCAUGCAUAGUAAAAAGUAAUAAUGCAAAUAUUUUAUUACCAGAUAAUAUACUAUGCUUAAGUGGUAUAAAAAACGAGAAUAAUAGUAAUUUGAAUUUUAACAAUAAUGAAAAAAUUUAUAAUUUUAUUAAAAAUACAAAUGAUAUAAAGGUACAUAAAACAGAAAAUAACAAUUUGAGAAACUCAAUUAUUAAUAAAGAUAAUGAGUUAUUUACAGCCAAUAGCAGAACAAAGUUACAUAAAAAUAUAGAAACAUCAUGUAAUGAAAAUACCAAUAUGUUUUUAAGCAAAAAUAAAAAUGAUUUAUUAAGUAGUUAUUUUUUAAUGGAUAAUUCUACAAGUUGCUGUAAAAAUUAUAUAUCUAAUGAGACUAAGAAAGAAAAUAAUUUUAAUGAAAAAUAUAUUAAUUCCAUAAUAAAUAAAGAGUCAAUUAUUCAUCAAGACGAUUAUUCAGAAUUUAGGAGAAUAUAUAAUGAUGAACAAAAUAUAGAGAAAGGUAACAUAAACAUAAGUAAAUUAAUUCAUUCUUAUAAAGAAUAUCAAAAAAAGAAACAAGAAGAAAAUAACAUUGAAAAUAUGUUUAAACUGGACAAUAAUAGUAAAAAUAUAUAUAAUUUAAAAAAUGAAAAUAAAUUUAAUAAAAAAAAUAAAAAUAUAGAUAAAAAUAAUAUUAAUAAAUAUAGUAAUAUACAUAAGUAUUCAUAUGAUAAUGUUAAAGUGGGUAAUGGUAUAAUACAGAAUGAAAUAGAAAAAAAAAGUUGUACUACAACGGAACAUUCAAAUGAAAUUUUAGAUCUUCAAAAAAGUGAAAGAAAUUUAUUUGAUAAUUCAUUGCAUAAAUAUGUGAGUAAAUCCAGUCCUCAAGAUUCAAAUAAUAGUUUAUUUUUUAAUAAAAAACAUGAUAAAAAAAAAAAAAAAAAAAAAAAAAAAAAAGGAUAUGGAAGAAGUAAAAAUAAUUUUAAUGAUAAAAAGAAAGUAAAAAAUCCAAAUGAUUCUCUAAAAUGUACACUCUUAAAUGAUUCAUAUAUGCAUAUAAUAAACGAUAAUGAUUACAUAUGUGAAAAUAAAAAAAAUGAAAACAAAAAAUAUACUCAUAUUGAUAAAAUAGAUAAUUCAAUUUAUAAAGAUAAAAAAUCAAAUGAUUCAGUGAAUUCGUUUUUAUGUAAAAAGGUUUUAGAUUUUCUAAAAGGUAAUGAAAAAAUAGUUUUUAAUAAACCAAAUAAAACUAUUACAAAUAAGGUAAAUAAAGAUAUUGGUUCCUCAGAAAAUAUGAAUGAAGAAAAGAGGGAAAUAAUUAAUUUUGAUAAUAGUAAAAAAAAUAAAAAAUGUGGAUUAAAUAAUAAUAAAUAUAGCAAUGAUACAAAUCUGGAUAACAAUUAUCUUAGUAGUAUUUAUAGUGAUAAUACUAAUAUUACUAAAAAUACUAUCAAUAAUGAUAUUAAUAAUAACAAUAAUAAUUGUAGUAAUGAUCAUAUAAGGUAUAAUAGUAAUUUUAGUAGUUCUAGUAUUUUAACCAUUGAAAAUUUUACCAACCAAAAUAGAAAUAAUAUAUUUAAUUCAAUGAAUUAUAAGAAUUCGGAAAGAAAUAACUCAUUUAAUAUGAAAAUGCUAAAAGAUAGCUCCAUUAGCAAAAAUUUUAUAAAUUGCUAUAAAAAAGAGUUAAAAAACAACAAGGGUAUAUAUAAAGAAAUGAAUAAUAAUAAUAAUAAUAAAGAGAGUGAAUUAAAAAAUUAUAAUUGUUCCUUAGAUAAUAUGCCAUUCAAUAAUAAUGAAAUAAAUUUUAUUAGUAAUGAGGAUUUAAGCAGUUUUGAUGUUAUAUAUGACAAAAAUGCUAACAACGUUACAGGUUUUUGUUUUAAUGAUAUUAUUGUCAAAGAUAUAGAAGAAAAAAAAAUGAAUAAAUUAUUCUUUGAAGACAUUUGUGUAUAUAGAUUAAAUGAGGAAAAUGAUAUUUAUAACUACAAAAACCAACCAGUAGAUUUAUUUUAUGAUAGAUCAUUAAGUGACAUAGAUUUAACAAAGCUAGAGAUAAACAAAAAAUAUUAUAAAAAUAUAAAUGAAGAAGUAAAAAAUCUUAUUAAAAAGGAAGAUACAUAUGAAAUUGAAAUGAAUGUUGGACUUGUUUUUAGAAAAUUUAUCCCUGUGACUAUGAAUUUAUCUUGUAAUUAUUUACUUAUUAAAAAAAAUGAAAAAAAUAUAAUAACGUGUAUAUCUUACAGUAAUAUACUUGGAAUAAAUAUAGUCAAAAAAAAUGAAGGAAGAAAAAUUUUUUUAUUUAAAAUAGUAUAUGUUUUUAAAAAAAAGAAACAAUCUGAAAAAAAUGUUACAUUAUUAUUUAGAACAAAUAAAAUAGAAGUAUAUGAAAAAAUUAAAGGAAAAGUAGAACCUAUUUUAAUAAAAGAAUCAAAAAAUAAAGAAUACUUAGAUAUAGAGACUGUUUAUGAUUAUAUUAUUGAAAAAUACAAAAAGAUGCAUAUUUUAUAUCUAAGGCAUCUCUUGCUAAAUGUAGAAAAAAUAUUGAGAAAGUUUAUCUUCAAACGUUUUUUCCAUAAAUUAAAAUUAAAACAUACUUAUCUAAAAAAAAUGGAAGAUAUAAAAAGACAAAAAUCAAAAUUAAUACAAGAUAUAGUAAUUAAAUUAGAAUUUCUAUUAAGAAAAAAAUUACAAAAUUAUUUUAAUUCAUUAUUAAUUAACAGUUAUGAAAGGAGUUUCAUUAAUUAUCAAGUUAAAACAAACAAUAUUUUAUUUAAUAUGCUUAUUAAGGAAAAAAGUGCUUAUCAAGAAUAUAUGGAAAAACAAAGUACUUAUUUGAUAUUUAAUGUGUUAUAUAGUUUAUAUAAAAAAAAAAUGACAAGUUAUUUUAAUUGCUUCAUAAAUAAUAAUCGUAUUUUGUGUAAAAGAAAAAAUGCACUUUCUUAUACUAUUACACAUUUAAACAGUAUUUUUUUAGAAUAUGAUAGAAGAAUAAAAUAUUUUGUAUUAUCAAAACUAAGAUUUAAUUAUGAUCAUAUUUCUUAUUUUUCUUUUAUUAUGUAUAAAUUAUAUCUGAAAAGGAUAAUUCUUGGUUAUUUACGUAUAAGAGAUAAUCGGUUAAAUGUAAAAUUUUUGAUUGAAAAAAAUGUAUAUAAUUUGAUUAAAGUUAUUACAAGAAUAAUAGAAAAUCAAAAAUAUUAUGCUUUUUUAAAAUUACAAAAAUAUAUUUUUCAGGAAAAAGAGAAAACAAAUAAAAUUGUAUGUGAUAAUCUAAUAUACGCAAAUAAUGAAUUAUGUAAUAAUUUGGAUAAUAUAGCAAUUGAGAAAGGAGUAAAUAAAAUAGAAUGUGUAUAUAAAUUCAAAAUUAAAGAAAGUUUAGUAAAAUAUUUUUAUAAAUUAAAGGGACCACAAAUAAAUAGUGAAAAUUUUAAUCAUUGUUUAAAAUAUUGUGGUAUAUUUAUAUUUAUUUUAAGUAAAAUUAUUCAAAGAAAAAUUCAAAAUGUCUUUUAUUUUUUUGUAUUAAAAUGUUAUCAAGAUAAUAACAGGAGUAGACUUAUUUAUUCAAUGAAUAUGUUAGAAUUAUUACUAAUUAAAAAAAAUAAAAGACAUAUAAUAGAUUUAUUAAAAUUUUACGAUAAAUACCCUUAUCUGUUUAAAUAUAGACAUUUAAGCAAAAUAGAAGUUUUUAUUAUUAGUAUUGAAAAUUUUAUUUUUUUUUGUAACAAAAAAUUGUUAUUAAAUUUUUUAUUAAAAUUACACUAUUUAAAAUAUCAAGGAAGAGUUAUUAAGGCCUAUAUAUGUAUUGGAAAUAUUUAUAAGUUUAUAGACAUAAUAUAUCGCAAAAUUCAAUCACAAGUAUAUGAACCUUUUCGAUUAUUAUUACAAAAUUCUAAAGAAAAAAAUCGUCAAAUGAUAAAGGAAAAAUUAAAUGUCAAAAAAACUCAAUUAAAAAUAACCAAUAGCAAAAUACUUCCUAUACUAAGUUUUAAAAAUGAAAAUAUAUCAUCAAACCAUCUACAUUUUAAGAAAAAAUAUCCUCUUUUUUUUUAUAAUUCAGACAUAUCUCCAGAUUGUACAACUAUAGCAGAUGACAAAUUAUCACUAAAUUCAAAUGAUUCAAUUUCUAAUAUCUUUUCAUAUGCAUAUGAAGAUAUGGAUCAAAUUAAAAGGAAAAUUUAUGACUUCAAUACAAAAAUUGGUCAUGUUAAUUUAUAG